AAUUGUUUUUUUUCUUGUAUUAAAACAGAUCCAGAAUUGGUGGUUGUAGUUAAUGAUGAUUAUUCAUCAAUACUAGUUUGUUUGGUUUUGAUUAAACAGUGUGUGCUGCAAAGAAACGGCUGUUAUACAACAAACAUAAACGUACUAUCUUAGUGCGGAAACGGUUCAAGACCUUAGGCCAGACUAUCUACUGAUUGAAACAAAACAAAAUGCCACGACGUAAAGCUUUGAAGGUGGUUGUGGAUGUGCAUUUUCAUGCUGUUACUUGUCCUGGAGUAUUUCUACCCGAACAGCAAGAUGUUUUCCUCAAUGUAGAGUUACUUGGACAAAGAAAACGAACAAAAGCUGCUCCUCCUGUGUUCCCAUUCUUGUUCCAUGAGAAGCUGAGAUUUGAUAAAGUGUUCUCUCACGCAACCGAUCCAGUGCAGAUUGCUAAUGCAUUGGAUGGUGAAUCUGUUCGUAUAGAACUCGUACAACUAACUUAUCCAGGCGGUGAGCUGCUUGCAACUUACGAAGACAGCGCGCGUGAGUUUUUAUUCCCCACGCCUCGUAUCAGCCCCACUUACCCAGGAGUAGAUAGGGAGGUUUUACUUCAGAGAUCAUACAGCUUCCCAGGCAUUGCUCCUAAACUUGAAUUCUCUUCUAGAACCAUCAUUAAAGAGGUAACAUCGGUUACUUCUCACACAUCUUCAGCAUCAAGCAAGAAGAAAGAGAAAAGAAAUCGUAAAUUAACCGAAAACAAAGAAGAAUCCAUUCAACAUAACAAUUACUCAGCUUUUGAACAUCCUAUUGAAACAUCCACACCCCAUGUUCCAACACACAAACGAACCACGCCAAGCAAGACAAAGAAUAAAGAUGCUUCAAGACAAGGCAGAGUUCGUGCCAGGAGUUCAAGUUUAUGUCACAAAGCAGUAUGUGCAUCAAGCAGAGGAUACCAGCAAUCCACAAUCGCAUCAAGAGCAAGGUCUCCAUCACCUUACACAAAGAGGAGGAUGGCUCAAUUAUCAGUGAACGAUCCGUUUGAAUCAGCAGUAUCUGCUCGUCCAUAUAAAUCCGAUCUCGAGGAACGACCAGAAUUCGUUGUUCGAAAGGCAGCGGAAGAUUCUAUGUCUCAUCCUGCCCCACCCCUACCCCCACUCACCCCACCAUUAGACAGGGUACGAACACGAACACCCUCGCCUAAAAAUACGAGGUCCCCGCUAAGACGAAAACAAACACCUGGAAGACCAAAACGACUUUCGGGUGUGGACGAUUACAAUGGAAAACUUGACAGUGACGCCGACACAGAGGAACUGAUAGACAACGCUUUGUUGCGACAACGUCUUCGUAGUCCUAUCAGCAGCCGUCCAUCGUCCGCUAGGAGCGCACCGGAGUCGACACCACGUCCUCUCACCCCGAAACGAGAUCUCUCGUUUUCUGGCGCUGACGUUGAUCUGGACCGAUCUGAUACAAAAAGUAAACUGACUCCAAGCUCAAUCCUGUUCCGAACUUCGCUCCGAGAUAGAUUCACUGCUAAUGAAGAGUCGCCAUAUGAGAAGAUACGAGAUCGAGUGCGUGGUUUACUAAUCUCUCCCCGUGCUACACGAAUCGUGGACGAUUCAAUCGCUGAAGCAAAUGAGAAAUACUGGUUACGUAGAAGUCGAAGUGCGUCACCCAGGUCACCAAGGUCACCUAAAGCAAGUCCCCGUAUAUCGCCCAGCAACCGCAUAUACCUCGGAAAUGGUGAAUAUUGGGACAAGAUGGCGGACGAAUAUUCAUCCCAACCAAGACGCGCUGCAUUUGAAAGCAGCAUCGACCAGAUAUAUGAUGAUAUUUACUCCCGGGUGAAGCACGGCUCAGCGUGAAACAUGCACAAUUUAUUUUGUUACUGAAAACGUUCCAUUUUAAAGUCCUAAAACAGUAUUACGAAAGACCAAAAAAUGAGGGCUAAAAAAGCGAAAAGCGCCCAAAAUAUCGCCUCCCAACAAAAUUCUAUUUAUCUUUUAAAAAACCGAAGCGACCUCCUAUAAGCGCGGCCUCUGGCGCCAUCUUAUAUUUUACUACAAAUUUUUACCGCCGUUAAGUUACGUCUGCUGUGGAGUUGUUUUUUUUUGCAGUGCAGAUUCUUAUAUUUUUGUAUUCCCCUAUACGCAUAUUAGGAACGAUGUAUAGUGACAUAGUGUGUUCGGCGUGUAUUCCUAGUAGUGUAGAAAAAAAGAUAUAUUCGCUACAAAAUCUUCGAGUAAAUUUAAACUGCUUAAUGUUGAAACUUAUUGUGUUUUAACAUUUUAGACAACUAUACGAUAAUAAAUGUUAAUGAAUUUUAACUAGA